UUCGUCGCAGAAGUUGGGUGCCACGUAUGGCAUUCUUUACAUGUCUUUAUUUUAAAUUCUGUAAAAAGAGAGAGUGAAAUUGAAGUUAUCUCAUCCACUUCUCAUGAGUAAGUGCUGUUAUCUAUAAGUAUGAUCUUGUUUUCUCUCUGCUCGUUAUUGGCAUCACUGUUUGUGUUGGUCACUGGGGGAAAGCUGCCCGAGCCCGAAGUGAAAAUUGAGGUGAUACACAAACCCUUCAUGUGUCACCGCAAGUCAAAAAACGGAGACAUGCUUCUUGUUCAUUACGAGGGAUUUCUGGAGAGUAAUGGCACCAUGUUUCAUUCCAGCCGCAAACAUGGGGAUAAAAACCCUGUGUGGCUUACCCUGGGGAUCCGAGAGGUGCUCAAGGGUUGGGAUAAGGGUCUGCAGAACAUGUGCACAGGGGAGCGCAGGAAGCUGACUGUACCUCCAUCGCUGGCAUAUGGCAAGGAAGGAAAAGGAAAAAUUCCUGCAAGCAGCACCCUCAUUUUUGACAUUGAACUCAUGGAGAUUCGAAAUGGUCCCAGGUCACACGAAUCUUUCCGGGAUAUGGAUCUAAAUGAUGACUGGAAGCUCUCCAGACAGGAGGUAAAAGAGUACUUGAAGAAGGAAUUUGAGAAACAUGGCUACUCACCCAACGACACACAUCAUGAAGUUAUGGUGGAUGACAUCUUCAAAAACGAGGAUGAAGAUAAAGAUGGGUUUAUAUCUGCCAGGGAGUUCACCUACCAGCAUGAUGAACUGUAAAAGACUGUUUUUUUUUUUUCUCCGUUUUUUAAAAUAAUAUUUUCACACUAUUUUGAACUCCGCUGUCAUAAUUUUUUGACUGAACUUGAAAAUAUCAGCUCGAUAUUUUAUAUUAAAAGGACUUUUUAAUUUAUAUUUCUAUUGUACAUACACUGAAAA